AUGAUAGUGGUCUGCCCCCAUCCAGUGAUUUACUGCAGGCUCCUUCCUUCUCAGAAGGCUGCCUGGCUUGGGCGAGUAGAAAGAGAGCUGGAGUCCGAGCAAAAAGAUCUGGACCCAGAUUCUGUCCCUGAGAUUUACCAGCUGUGUGACAUUGGGGCAGCGAACUCUGUAAAUGUGAAUGAUCUUAAAGCAGGUGUCAAUGGAAGCUCUCUCUGCCCUGGGAGGCGGUCCAUGUGCUGGUUGCAGAUUGCAGCCCUCCUUAGUGGAGACAUUGAUUCUUCAGACUCGGCAUUGGCAUCCUUUAUGGCUGCGAGUGCCCUUGGGGUCUCUUUGUGCGCUCCUACUGCUUUAACCCCUGGUGGCCAUGACGACUGCCUGGCUCCUGGCCCCAGCCCCAGCCCCAGCCCCCUCUACCUUGUUCAUCCCUCGCCAGUUCAGUGCUCACCCCCCUCAGGACCACAGCCCUGCACGGCUUUAGGGAGGGGGGAGGCAGCCAAUAACGCCAACCCGCUUCAGCUGGGUGCCUGUCUACACAGACUCUGUUUCCCUACUGAUCUCCUCUUGCUGCUUGCGCUUGGGGGCUGGCUGGGGGCCUUUUCUCAACCACUCACUGUUGUUCUUAGCUUUCCUUGGCCCUUUAUGCUGAUCAUGGAGUUCUGCCAGCACCAGGAGUCCAAGGACUGGCUGGUUCCACUUUCUUACAAUGGCAAGGAACAAGUGGGGAGGGGACGUGUUGGCUGCACCCUCCGAGCCCUCUCCCCCGUUCUCCACAUGCCACGUUCUGUGGUGGGUCCGUUUUGGUCUUUGCAGAGUCAGCACGAGGAGCUGAAGAAGCAGCACAGUGACCUAGAGGAGGAACACCGGAAGCAGGGCGAUGACUUCAGCCGGACCUUUAGUGACCACAAGCAGAGAUACCUCCAGCUUCAGCAAGAGAAGGAGCAGGAGCUGUCCAAGCUGAAGGAAACAGUUUACAAUUUGCGAGAAGAGAAUAGACAACUAAGAAAGGCUCACCAAGACAUGCAUACACAGCUUCAAGAUGUAAAGCAGCAGCAUAAGAAUUUACUCACCGCGCAUGAACACCUAGUAGUGACUUUGGAAGACCACAAGAGUGCGCUAGCCGCUGCGCAGACCCAAGUGGCUGAAUAUAAACAACUGAAAGAUACACUGAAUAAGAUUCCGAGCUUCCGAAAGCCUGAUAGGGUGGAAGAACAAAAUGUCAUCCACGUAGCACCUUCCCGCCAAGGUGAUUUCAUUGCCAGAGAGAGGAAAAUAACUGAGGAACCAAAGGAGGGUCCCCACAGUAAUGAAAAAUGGCAAGACCAGGAGCCCGCCAUUGGGAAAAGGACAGCAGAGACCAAAUCCUUGCAUCCCACCCCAAAAGAGGUGGAGUUCCGCCCUGGAGAUACUCCAAGCCAGCGAGAGGAGCAGGAGCCCAGGAGACGAGAGGAGCAGGACCACCAGGUGGAAGAGGAGAACAAGAGGGAGCUUGAGGAGGAGGCGAUGGAGCAGGUGGGGCAGGCCGAGCACCUGGUGGAAGAGCAGGAGCAGGCGUGGAAGGAGCCGCAGGAGCAGAGAGAAGAGGAAACCAACCUGCUGACAGAGCACGCUCCCCCGCAGGCACAUCCUUCAGAAAAGGCUGUGACAAGGGCCAAAUCGGCUUACGAGGAACAGUUAGAGCAGCAACGACUGGCGGCCAGGAGGGCCGAAGAGGCCCAGCAGCUAAGGGAACGGCAGGAGUCUUUGCGUAAGCAGAGGCUGCAAGAGCACUUGCUAAGGCAGCAGCGACUUCAAGAGAGAGAAUUGGCCUUGCAGCAGCAGGCCGCGCUCGAGGAUGAGCAGCACCGUCAAAAGCGCCUACGGCAGCAAACGCGUUACGAUGCAAUGGAUAACGAUAUCGUCCAAGGAGCAGAGGAACAGGGAAUCCAAGAGGAAGAAGGGGGCGCCUAUGAAAGAGACAACCAGCACCAAGAUGAAACUGAAGAUGAUACACAUAGAGAGAAUGAGCCCCGAGGACAAGUACGACAAGCAGAUAACCCUGAACCUGAUCAAGCCGCUGGUGAGGAUGUAAAUCCUGCCGAUGACCCGAACAAUCAGGGAGAGGAUGAAUUUGAGGAGGCCGAGCAAGUGAGGGAAGAGAGCUUGCCCGAGGAGAAGGAGGUACCCAAGCAGAGCAGUCAGAAGCGAGGAAACGCCGAGAUGGAGGAGCGUUUGGGGAUGGCGGGAAAUCCAGACCAGCAGGAAGAUAAUGUCGAUGAGCAGUACCAGGAAGAGGGUGAAGAGGAGGGUCAAGAAGAUUUGGCUGAGGAGAGGAAACGGGAAUUGGAGCGUAAUGCCGAAGAGCCCUAUGGGGAGAAUGAUGACAAUGUGGAUGACAAGAACAAUGACGCCCAAGAACAGGAAGCUCGAGAAGCGAAUCCCCGAAAAGGUCGUGAAGAAAACUAUGAGGAGGAAGAAGAGGAAGAGGAAGGCGGGGCUGUGGAGAAAGCUCGGGGCCGAGCAGAAAUGUGAAGCUCUGGGGGGCUUUGGCAGAGGGCUCCUCUUCAAGCUGCUCACGGCAAGGACAGUGUGCCUGCUGAACGCUAGGAUAUUUAAAGAUAAUUCAAAGCUGCAACUUUUUUUUUUUAACUUUUAUAUUAGAUGCCCGCAUUCCUUUAUAUGAAUAUAAUAUUUUCAUAUUCUAGGUUAGUGCUUUUUUUGUAUCCGAGCUAAACACGAAGAAAGAGAAACACAUCCAAGACAAACCGUAGGCUCUGACUCACAUCUUCCUUUCUUUCUUCCUUUCUUUUUGGGUGGUCAGUAGGGGCGGUGACACCGUCAAGCUUGAUAAUUCUGUAUGUGUUUACACCAGGUAUUUCCAAGCAUCUUGCUCCUGACACAUAUCCCAUUCCAACAAGCAAUAUAGGUGAAAAACAAGUGGGGCUCUGGGCACGUAGACCACAGAUGGUCAGGUCAGUAGUCGUGUUCCCAAGUGCCUAUGUUCAGCUAGGUAAGAAUUUUAAGACUCUAGGUUAUAGAGAAGGUGCUGACCUGCACUGGUGGAAGGCAUUUGCUCUCCCAGGAAUCCCUACACCAAUGAUAUCUGUAACCUUAUAUUAUUUCAUAUUGGUCUUUUCAGAAUAUUUUAUUUAGCCCUAGUCUGAUUCCAAUACCAGAUGCUCAUGCAGGGUGGUAUACACUUGACCAAGCCUCUAAUUCCCAUAUACGGCCAAUGUCUCUUUUGGACGAUCAGGUUCAUAUUAGUGAAAGUGUGCACGCGCGCACGCAUGUGUGUGUGUGUAAGAUUUCCCAUUGCUUCUUCUGGAGGUUGUGCAACAUUAUAAUCACCCAAGGAGCAACUGGGCCAAAUAGCAGGAGUAUGUAUCCCAGUGGCACUAGAAUGAUGUGAGAUGCCUGUGGACCACUUACCUAAGUGAUUGUAACGGUCAAGUGAGGCAGGGUGAACCAACACCUUAGAGUUUUUUUGUUUUGUUUUGUUUUCAGAAAGAGGCUUGGUACAUUUCUUCUCAGCAGCUUUUUUUUUUUUUUGUUCAUCAGUAUUCAUAUUGAGUAUUUUGACAGUGUUCUUUCUGGAAUUACCUGGUAGCAUCAGUAUUGUCAAGGUUGUGCCCAGUCCGUCUUGGCCAUUCUUCAGAUUGCUUUGCUAUCACUUACUUACUUAAGCACCAACUGUCAAAAUAUAGUCCAUCAGAUUGAAGAUAUAUUUCCCUAAGCAUACCAUUUAACAUAAUCAUUUUGCAUGGAACUAUAUAUAGCAAGGCAUUAUACAUUCAGAUAUAAUAUACUCAUGACUUUUGUUGGCAACGGUUAAGUCUGCUUUCUCUCCCCCCUCUGACCCCCCAUACGUAAGGCAUGAUGGUAAUUCUGAAUUAAUGAAGCUCUUUAAAAAGUCAGAAUUUCCCAGAAUGUUCUGUUUUUGGAAAUUGAGUGUUUUGUACAUUCAACACUUACAUCCUACCAUAAAAUGAAUCAUCGUUUUCGGAUGCAUGGGCCAGUGUUUCCUGGAUGUGGUUGUGGGCUGUGCUGCAAUGACUGUGGAGAUCACUUCUCCCAAGGGGUCUGGAAAGAAGACACUUUCUAAGAGGGAACAACCACCAAAGGGAGGGGUGCUUGAGAGCUAUGAUUUUCCUCCCAGAUGAUUGUCAGCUUUUAGUGACAUGUAAAUGUUAGAGUUGACUUAGUUCAGAAAAGAUAAAAGGAAAAAAAAAACAUUUUAACCAUCUAAUUAAGAGCCUCUUCUAAUUAAUUUCCCAUUAAGUUUUCUUAAAAUGCAUUUCUGUUCCAUAGAGGACUACAUUUGUUUCAAAGCUGGAUAUGAACACCACCAGCAAUAAGGGGUUAAAUGCAUAAGAAAACAUUUUUUAAAAACCCAUAUACUUUUGUAAUUUGUAUUAAUUCUUUCAAAGUAAUGAAAAAAGUUCUGUUCUUGCAAUUUUGAUAUUAAUGUAAUUUACCCUUUUAAAAAAACUAACUUUUAUGUUCAUUUCUAGUUUUGACUGUUCCUGGCUGAGUGUUUUUGUAAUUAUGCAUAGAAAGGUUUCAUUCAAAUGUAUUUUGGGGUUUUCUAGAAAUCAUAAAUCAACUUUUACCUUAUGUAUAAAAACUCUCUGUAAUGUAAAAUGUAUAAUAUUGUACAUAAUCUUCAGAAUACAAUUAUUUUGGUAAAUUAGUUUGUAUUUUAAUGUCCCAGUGGCAAUAUUUAAUUAUUUGAGGCAUAAUAGAAUUUGGUUAUAGAUAAUAAAAUCAAAAGACAGAUGGUACAUCUUUCUGAAGUGUG